GCCGCCACAGCCGCCACUAAACAAACCCGAGAGCGGCACCGGGAGGGGGGGGAGGAGGGGCCCUGCCGCCGAGGAGCCUUUCGAUGUGCCAGGCACGGCCGGGCAGCGAGGCUGAGCUCUGUGGGGGUGCAGAGGCAAGGGAAAGAUGCCUGUGGUGUGGCCAACCCUUCUGGACCUCAGCAGAGAUGAAUGCAAGAGGAUCCUUCGCAAACUGGAACUGGAGGCCUAUGCAGGUGUCAUCAGUGCCUUACGUGCGCAGGGAGACCUUACGAAAGAGAAGAAGGAUCUUCUUGGAGAACUCUCUAAAGUGCUUAGUAUUUCAACGGAGCGACAUCGUGCUGAAGUUCGGAGAGCAGUAAAUGAUGAACGACUAACGACUAUUGCACACAAUAUGUCGGGACCAAAUAGCUCUUCGGAAUGGUCUAUAGAAGGUCGUCGACUGGUGCCGCUGAUGCCGCGGCUGGUUCCUCAAACGGCUUUUACUGUUACUGCGAACGCUGUCGCCAACGCAGCCGUCCAGCACAACGCAUCUCUGCCCGUUCCUGCAGAAACUGGAAACAAAGAAGUGGUGGUUUGCUAUUCCUACACAAGUACCACUUCAACCCCAACAUCCACCCCUGUUCCAAGUGGCAGUGUAGCGACAGUGAAGUCCCCCAGACCCGCCAGUCCAGCCUCCAAUGUAGUCGUCUUGCCAAGUGGAAGUACUGUUUACGUCAAAAGUGUCAGCUGCUCAGAUGAUGAUGAAAAGCCCCGCAAAAGACGGCGAACGAAUUCUUCGAGUUCUUCCCCUGUGCUGCUGAAAGAAGUCCCGAAGGCAGUGACUCCUGUCACUAAAACUAUCACGGUGCCUGUAAGUGGCAGCCCCAAGAUGAGUAAUAUAAUGCAGAGCAUUGCCAACUCCUUACCACCACACAUGUCGCCUGUGAAAAUAACCUUCACUAAGCCCUCAACACAGACAACAAACACGACAACACAGAAGGUGAUAAUAGUAACCACCUCUCCAAGCUCCACUUUUGUACCCAACAUCCUUUCCAAGUCCCACAACUAUGCAGCAGUAACGAAACUUGUCCCGACGUCAGUCAUUGCCUCAACUACUCAAAAGCAGCCGGUGGUGAUAACGGCGUCUCAGUCCUCCUUGGUCAGUAGCAGCAGCAGCAGCAGUAGCUGUUCCACUCCCUCCUGUACUGCAAAUACUAUUGCUGUGACUGCUGUCGUGUCAUCAACUCCAUCGGUGGUUAUGUCAACCGUAGCACAAGGUGUGUCUACAUCAGCAAUUAAAGUCGCCUCUACCAGACUACCUUCCCCAAAAGGUUUGGUUGGGAAUCCAACUCAGAUCUUAGCACAGUUUCCCAAACAGCAUCAGCAAUCCCCCAAACAGCAGCUGCACCAAAUACAACAGCAGCAACAACAGCAACAACAACAGCAGCAGCAGCAACAACAACAACAGCAGCAACAGCAGCAGCAGCAGCUGGUUCAGUCUUCUGUAGCUCAACAGCAGCCUCAGCAAUCUCAGUUGCCACCUGGCAUCAAGCCCACCAUUCAGAUCAAACAGGAAUCAGGUGUUAAAAUAAUCACUCAACAGGUGCAGCCCAGUAAAAUCCUUCCCAAACCAGUUACAGCGACCUUGCCCAGCAGUAGCAAUUCACCCAUUAUGGUGGUUAGCAGUAAUGGGACUAUCAUGACAACUAAACUGGUCACUACUCCCACUGGAACUCAAGCAACGUAUACACGGCCAACAGUUAGUCCCUCUAUAGGGGCUCGGAUGGCUGGAACCCCAGGGGCUGCUACUUAUGUGAAAACUACGAGUGGCAGCAUCAUUACUGUGGUACCAAAAUCGCUGGCUACGCUGGGAGGGAAGAUUAUCAGCAGUAAUAUUGUUUCUGGAACUACAACCAAAAUCACUACAAUUCCCAUGACGUCCAAACCCAAUGUGAUUGUUGUGCAAAAGACUACUGGUAAAGGAACUACAAUUCAAGGGCUUCCAGGCAAAAAUGUUGUCACCACGCUGUUGAACGCUGGGGGGGAGAAAACUAUUCAGGCAGUGCCAGCAGGAGCAAAACCUGCUAUCAUCACUGCCACAAGACCCAUCACAAAAAUGAUUGUUACACAGCCAAAAGGAAUAGGGUCCACGGUCCAGCCAGCCACCAAAAUCAUCCCAACUAAAAUUGUUUAUGGUCAGCAAGGGAAAACGCAGGUUCUCAUAAAACCAAAGCCAGUGACGUUUCAAGCAACAGUUGUGAGUGAACAAACUAGGCAGUUGGUGACUGAAACGUUACAGCAGGCGUCGAGGGUAGCGGAGACAGGAAAUUCAUCUCUCCCAGAAGUGAAAGAAGAACCACAAACCUACACCGAGAGCAGUUCUUCUUCUACAGAGUCCUCCCAGAGCUCCCAAGAUUCUCAGCCCGUGGUCCAUGUGAUUGCUUCAAGAAGUCAAGAUUGGUCAGAACAUGAAAUUGCUGUGGACACCAGCCCUACAAUAAUUUACCAGGAUGUGUCCAGUGAAUCUCAGUCGGCCACUUCCACGAUAAAAGCGUUGCUGGAACUUCAGCAGACAACAGUGAAGGAAAAGUUAGAAUCAAAGCCACGGCAGCCUACCAUUGACUUGAGCCAAAUGGCUGUCCCAAUCCAGAUGACCCAAGAAAAGAGACAUUCUCCAGAAAGUCCUUCGAUUGCUGUAGUCGAGUCGGAAUUAGUUGCUGAAUAUAUCACAACUGUCAGCCACCGGUCCCAGCCCCACCAGCAGUCGUCUCAGCCCCAGAGGACCCUGCUGCAGCACGUGGCUCAGUCGCAGACGGCAACGCAGACUUCUGUCGUGGUGAAAUCGAUCCCCGCAUCCUCCACAGGCGCCAUUACCCAUAUCAUGCAACAGGCCUUAAGCAGUCACACUGCGUUUACCAAACACAGUGAACAGCUUGGAACUGAGGAAGGAGAAGUGGAAGAGAUGGACACCUUAGAUCCUCAGACUGGCCUGUUUUACAGAUCUGCCCUGACACAAUCCCAGGCGCCAAAACAGCAAAAACUGAGUCAGCCGCAGCUGGAACAGACUCAACUGCAAGUGAAAACUCUGCAGUGUUUCCAGACUAAGCAGAAGCAGACAAUCCACCUGCAGGCCGACCAAAUCCAGCACAAACUCCCACAAAUGCCCCAGCUUUCUAUAAGGCAUCAAAAGCUAAACCCCCUGCAGCAAGAGCAAGCACAGACCAAACCAGAUGCACAGCACCCCCCCCACCAUAUGGUGGCCAAAGAAAGGCAACUCCCUACCUUAGUGGCGCAGCCACAGCAAACUGUAGUACAGGUGCUGGCAGUAAAAACCACGCAGCAGCUGCCCAAACUGCAACAGGCACCAACGGCACAAAAAAUCUACGUGCAACCCCAACCCCCCCAGAGUCAAAUGCAGCUACCUGCCUCUUCAGAGAAACAGCCAGCGAGCCAGGUGCAGCCUCCAAUUAUAACGCAAGGAUCCACUGUUACAAAGAUAACUUUUGAGGGGCCUCAGCCUCCUCCUGUUUCAAAAGUAGCAGGUUCUGUGCCCAAACUGGCGUUGCCGGUCCCCAGCCUAUUCCCCACGCAGGCGCCCGCGACGACAGCCGUAGCAGAUAUUUUGAGAGUGUCUAUGGUGGAAGCUCAGAUUGAUUCAAACCUAGAACCUACCCUAGUGGAUCCCAAAAAGGAGGCCGUGUCCGCUAGUAAGCUCGUUAGCCAAGCAGAGUCGUCACCUUGUACCCGGGUGCCCAGGGGGACCGCAGUAGGGAUGACGGCAACUUCCAUCCCCCAGCAACAGACACGUGCAGAAUCCAGUUCCAGUCCUCCUGCUGGUGGUCCUACUUUAACAGAGAGGAAACCCGAUGCACACGGAAUGCCUACAACAAACCAGUUUGUACACAUUCAGAGUAUGUCCCAAAAGAAAGCUGAAGAGAGCUCACCAGAAAUUGUUAUCCAGACCAUCCCUCACUAUUCCAUCCCUUGUCACUCCAGCUCCAACGUGGUGGUGGAACCCAGCGGGCUCCUGGAGCUCAACAACUUCACCAGUCAACGCCUCGAUGACGAGGAGACGGCCAUGGAGCAAGAUGUGGACAGUAGCACGGAGGACGGGACCGAGCCCAGCCCUUCUCGAAGUUCUGCUGAACAAUCCUAAGGAAUUGGGACACCGGGAGUGCACUUUAAAAAAUGCUCUUGGGGAUUUCGUGUAUCCAAGAUGCCCUUUGUAUUGCGAUGUCUUAGAGCACUUUGCCUAUUCAAGUUCUUCAUCGGACCCUUGAAGCAUCAGUGCGUUUUAACGAGAUGGUAUUGGGGAAAAAAAAAAAAAAAAGCUGCAUCUUAACAAUUGUUUCUGGAAAAAAAAAGCUUAAAAAAAAGGUGUAGUUACCAAGAUUUAGUAAAACCCGAGACGGUGCAACGUACUCCUGGUAAAAAGCAAAUCUGCAGCGAAUUCUCCAGCUCGUGCUCUUGAAGCCCUUGCCCAGAUACUGAAAAAACCUUUCAGUGAAAAGGGAUCGUUAUUUUACUGUGUCUUUUUGUUAGCUGUUGAGCAAAACACCAUCAAAAAAACAAAAAAAAAAGAGGAAAAAAAAAAAAAUGUUUAAUAAAUAUUUGUAUUUUUAAAUAGCAUGUGAGAGAAAAAGUGUUUCUGACAGUGCUGGAAAAGCCCCAGGAAUUUUGGAAUUGGUCAGCUUUCUUGCACUUGUGCUCACUUAAGAGUUAAGAUUUUUUCAUAAGCCGAAAAAAAAAUAUAUAGUUUAUUUUUUUAAAAUUCUUGUUGGUGAAUGUUUGGAAAUGAGCAAAAUCACUAACUGGUAGCAAAGUGGAUUUUUGUUUUCAUGCUUUACAAGAGGUAGGGUAAGGGUGUACGAAGCAUUUCUUUGUGCCAUAAAGCACAUGAAACGCUCGUCUGCUCUAGUUUAAUCUUUGGUUAUUUAUUUAAAUAUAAAAUUUUAAAGUGAGGCCAAGUUGUUUGCGAAGUUCCUGUGAAACAGGCAGGUGUGUUAAUUCUAAUACAAACGGGGCUGGUGGUGGUGAGUGGGGGGGGAUGUAUUUUGCUAUAAAUGACUUUUUUUUUUUCAAAAUUGGGGAUAAGCGGUUUGGCCUCUUUCAAAGCUGAACCUCCGAAUUUCGAAGUGAGCUAAGGCUUUUAAAAAAAAAAAGAAAAAUCUGUAUUUUACUCUUACAUGCUGUUUUUCAAGCGAUCAUUUGGGGAGUUUAAAAGCCAAACUGGCUUUGCAGUGGUAGGUUUUGGAAAUUAGCCUUACAACUUGGCUUGUUGAAGCAAUACAUGGGGGUUUUGUCACCGUUACAAGCCACCGAGAGCUUGGUUUGGGUUCAGGUGGGAUAAAUAAUACAGUCUGCUAAUGAAGACAAUACUUUUUUUUUUUUUUUCUUUUCCAAAAUGUAUAUAAAAACACGUUUUUAACUGUUUUGUAUAGAUUUCAUUAUAAAUAACGAAGCAUUUUAAGAACUUGGACAUAUCAUUUAAUUGUAUAUACAUCUAUCAGCCUAACUGCCCACUUUCUGGUGCUGAAGUACUACUGUAAGUAGAUUUCAUCCAAAGUCUAAUACAGCUUUUUUUGCGUCAGUCCUUUUUUUUUUUU